AUGGCGGCGGUGACCGGCGGUGAACAGCGACGGGGCGGCGCGCGGGUGAGCGAGCGAGCGGCGCGGGAGCAGGGCGACGAGCGGCGCGCGACGGCGAGCGGUGGCCGGCGGGAAGGUGCUGUGGCGAGCUGGCCUCCGGCGAUGACGACGGUCGCCGGCGGGCGAGGAGUUGCGGCGGCGGAGGAGCGCAGGGGUCGGGCGGGGCUGCGGGAUCGGCGGCGCGGCGGGAUCCGGGCCCGGGCGGGCCCGAUCUGGGUUCCGCGGCCCGUGGCGGGAGGCGCGUUGACCGGCGGCGGGGUCGGGCGACGUGGCAGGCGGGGAUUCGCCGGGGCAGAGGCGGCGGACACGUCCGGCGACGGGGAAAUUUGUCCGGAGCAAUCUGUGUGGAAAAAUGCAGGAGUAUUUUCAGAAAUUAGAUUGCUUCAGAAGUUCAAACCUGGGCAGAUCUGGGCUCUCUACAGUGACAUAGAUAAGUAUCCCAACUGCUAUGCCUUCAUAGAGAAAGUUGAACUGGAGAAUAAUAAAGUACGAGCAAGAUGGCUUGAAGUUUGUCCCGAUGGAGAGUUGGAGAAAAUAUCUAUAGGAGAUCGAACUGUCGGGUGUGGAACCUAUAGGGUUGCAACCACCAAUGGUAUUUUGAUUUGCACUGACGUGAAAUCCUUUUCUCAUCGUGUAAAUGCGAUAUUCACUGGUAGAAGGAACUCUUAUGAAAUAUAUCCUAGGAAAGAUGAAGUUUGGGCCCUUCUGAAGGGAUGGGAUAUUGGUUGGAGUUCAGAUGCUCAGAGUCAAAAGAAAUACAAGUAUGAAGUUGUUCAGGUCCUCUCUGAUUUCACGACUGGCACUAGCAUCACUGUCAUGCCGCUUGUCAAGAUAAAAGUCUUUGUUAGCUUAUUUAUGCAGUCUAAAGAGGCUACUCCAUAUCUGAUAAGGCAGGAUGAUACAAUAUGGUUCUCGCAUUGUAUCCCAUACCGUUUGAUGGGUGCAGCUGAAAGUGAAGGCAUUCCAGAAGGAGCUCUCGAACUUGAUCCUGCUGCGCUUCCCCUUAACUUGGAGCAGCCUCUUGUUUGUGUUGUUUCACAAAGCAGGUCAGUAAAAGGCUCAGAAUUUGAUGCCGCGUAUGCUGGUUCAUCCAGAGGAAAUAAAUCUCACAAGGAAUCUGAAGGGGUUGGGGAGAGGCAGCAUGCUACAUGCAUGAACGCAGGGAUCUUUGCAAAGUCAUCGGUGGUAGAGAACAGAGACCAUAACACUCCAUCUACUGUAGAAGGUAUGGAUGUUCCUGAAGAAUCUGACAACGCGCAAGUGAAAGUAUUAUGUCCUGAAUUUUUUGACUUCGACCAACUUCGAGAUGUAAGUCGGUUUAGACGCAACCAGAUCUGGGCUGUCUAUGAUAGUCAAUGCUGUAUGCCAAGAUUUUAUGCUCGAAUUACAAAGGUAAGAAGGGCCCCAAAGUUUGAGGUACACUUUGUUUCGCUCGAAUUUGAUCCCAGAAAUAAAGCAGAGGUGGCAUGGUCACGGGGGGAACUGCCUGUUGCUUGUGGACGUUUUAAGCAUGGAGCAUCACACACAGCUAAAGAAACUAAGAUCUUCUCCCAGAUAAUUUCCUAUGAGAAAAGCAGGACAAGGAACUCGUUUGAGAUAUAUCCUAAGAAAGGUGAAGUUUGGGCCCUUUUCAAGGGAUGGGACAUUGGCUGGAGUUCGGACGCUGAAAACCACACAGAUUUUAAGUAUGGACUUGUUCAGGUUUUCUCUGAUUUCACGACAAGCACUAGCAUCAUGGCCAUGCCGCUCGUAAAAGUAAAAGGCUUUGUUAGCUUAUUUAUGGGGUUGAAAGAGGCAACCCCGUACGUGAUAACUCGGGAUAACACACUAAGGUUUUCACAUUGUGUCCCUUAUCACUGGAUGGAGGGGACUGAGAGAGAAGGCAUUCCAGAAGGAGCUGUUGAACUUGAUCCUGAUGCGCUUCCCCCUAACUUGGAAGAUGCUUUUGCCUCUGUUGUACCUGAAAGCAGUUACACUGAAUCUGCUGUACAAGAUAGUACUGAUGUUUAUGAGGAAUCUGAUGAUAUUAUCCAGGCAGAAUUUGAAUGUGCUGAAUCUGAAUUCCAUGAAUUUACAGAAAUGAGAUCGCUUGACAAGUUCAAACCUGGGCAAAUCUGGGCUCUCUACAAUGAUAUAGAUAAGUUCCCCAAUUACUAUGCCGGCACAAGGAAAGUCGAUCUCAAGAAUAAUAAAGUACAAGUGAUAUGGCUUUAUGUCUCUCCUCGGGGAGAGGAGGAGAAAAGAUUGGUCAACGAAGAUCGCCCUGUUGGCUGUGGAACCUUUACGGUUUCCGGUGAAAAUGAUGCUAUUAUGACUUGCACUGGUACACAAUCAUUUUCUCAUCCUGUAUGUAGUAGACCAACUGGUAGAGAAAAAGAAUUUGAAAUUAUUCCUCUUCCUCGUGAGGUCUGGGCCGUUUACAAGGACUGGAGGGCUGGAUGGACUGCGCGUGAUUUUAAAAAUUGUGACUAUGAAUUGGUGGAGAUAUUAACCCAUACGGACUCGUCCAUACAAGUUAAGCUGUUGAGAAAGGUGGAUGGUCACAGGACAGUAUUUAGAAGAGAGCCAUCUGUGGAAACGAUAUGUAAGGAUGAGUACUUAAAGUUCUCUCACCAGAUCCCUCGCUUCCAUCUGACAAAUGAAAAAGGAGGCAAGCUUCGAGGCUGUUUGGAACUCGAUCCUUUCUCGGUGCCAGAGAGGUUUCUCGGCAUUGAUUCAAUGUGAGAUAACCCUGUUCAUGGUGGCUCUUUGGAUGGCUCUCUUUUCGAAGGAAUUACAAGACUGAAGGUUGUCCGGAAGUUGAUCAAACCGAGUUUCAUGCCGCCCGGAGUUCUCCAAGACCCAGUGAUGUUAUAAUGUGCUUGUUUGCUCUUCCUGCAGCCGGUGCCUCUAAGAUCUAGUUAGAGGCCUGAGAUUGGUUGCAGCUGCUGUUUUUACUUUUGGUCCGGUUAUUGAACUGACACUCUUCAUUCGCUCGUAGUUUAACUAAAACCCGUAGUAGU